CUUCCGUCUCUUACUUAAAACAGAGAUGUUGACGUGACUGUCGUCCUCGUCUACUGUUAAAUUACUACAACCUUCCCGUCAAUGGCGCACGUUGGUCAAAAGUUAUAAUAAUCCAUGGCGGAGCCUCGCCUUACCCUACACUCCUUCCCUCAUAAUCUGAGUGAAGCCAGCUACGGAUGAUCUGAGGCUUAAUCAUUUCACGCACGCGCGUACGAAUCAUUAUCUGCUGUGCUCUCCAGAACUCGACAGCUUACAUAAUUUAUAUAAUCUGAAGCUGAAGUAUGAGGAAUUCCCUUAAUUCUAUGCUUGCGGCCGUUCAAUUUUCAUUCACCGUGUUGUGGGUGCUGAUUUCGCUCGUAGCUUGGGAUUGACGCGCGGCGAAAUCUGACCGUUGGUCUCCUUUGUGUCGGUACUCAAAUUAUUUGCAGAUCUGAGUGGCUUUUGAUUUGUCGGUGAUGUCACAGCUCGAUGAAUUGCUGUUCAGAAAGGGGCUGCUAAGAAUGGCCCAUUGGGGGUUCAUGAAACAUUUGUUUCUUGUAUGCUCUUUACUAUCCUUUGUGGAUGCUAAUUUACGGGACAAAAUGUUGAAAAGAGAAGCUCUGUCUCAGUCUACUGUUCUUGUGGACGUGGCUUCUAUGCUUGAGCUGCCAUCAAUGGUGAAUUUACAUUCUCAUAAACGUCAUCUACUUCGUGAUCGUGCUCCUGCUCAUUCUCCUAAUAAUUAUGGUCGCUUUGUGAUUUCCACUCCCCCUUCAAGCUCUCGUAUGUCCAAAUCUUUCAUUAAAAGGAGUGAUUUAGUUCCAGCUAGUGCCAGCCUUCCAUCACCUUCACAUCUUUCAGAGACUGCACCAGUCCAAUCCAAGCCUCAUACUAUACCUGCUGGUUUAGCUCAGCCGCCACUGUCCUCGGGCAUCUCUAAUUGUUGUGCACCAAACAUGGUGCUCAAACGUGGGAGCCAUGGCUGUCACUGUGCAUAUCCAAUAAGGCUUGAGAUUCUGCUUCUGAAUGUCUCUUCUAAUCCGAACUGGAAUCAUUUUCUGGACCAAUUUGCUUCCAAGCUGCAUUUGCAAGUGUCACAGAUUGAACUCAUUAACUUUUAUAUGGUCAAUAUAUCUGGACUUAAUAUAUCAAUGGACAUUACUCCACAUACGGGUAUAAGUUUUUCUUCCAGUGAAGUUGCCAUGAUAAACUCUUCCCUGUCGAUGCGCAAGGUCUAUCUGGAUCCUGCUUUAGUGGGUGACUACAAGCUUCUCAACAUAACCUGGUUUAGACCACCAGCACUGCCUCAAGCUCCAUCAUCUGCUAAAUCUCCAGCAGAAAAACCGCCAAGUUUUCCAUCUACUUCUUCUGGAGCAUCUGUGACUUCAAAAAAAGUCCGGCGGCCAAGUAUAGUUAUUGUCAUUGGACUUGGAGCCUUGAUCGUGCUAGUUGUUGUCAUGUCUGUGGUUAUAAUUUGUUUCUGUGUAUCUCGUCGUGGGAAGCAUUCUGAACCUUUCAAGGAAACUGCCAAACAGAGGAGUGUGGAGACAAAUCCAGCAGUAGGGUCUCUUCGCCAUCCAUCCAGUACAAGAUUCCUCACAUAUGACGAACUAAAAGAGGCUACAAACAAUUUUGAGCCGACUAGUGUUCUUGGAGAGGGUGGCUUUGGGAGAGUAUUCAAGGGUGUCCUAAGUGAUGGAACUGCUGUUGCUAUAAAAAGGCUUAGCAGUGGAGGACAACAAGGGGAUAAAGAAUUUUUGGUUGAGGUUGAGAUGCUAAGUAGGUUGCAUCACAGGAACCUGGUGAAACUUGUUGGAUACUUUAGUAAUCGUGACUCCUCACAGAACCUUCUCUGUUACGAGCUUGUUCCAAAUGGAAGUUUGGAAUCUUGGCUCCAUGGGCCCUUGGGACUAAACUGCCCACUUGACUGGGACACCAGAAUGAAAAUUGCUCUAGAUGCUGCACGUGGGCUCGCAUACUUGCACGAGGACUCUCAACCUUGUGUCAUUCAUAGGGAUUUCAAGGCAUCAAAUAUAUUGCUCGAGAACAACUUUCAUGCUAAAGUUUCUGAUUUUGGCCUUGCUAAGCAGGCCCCUGAAGGCAGGACAAAUUAUCUCUCCACCCGGGUUAUGGGAACUUUCGGAUAUGUUGCCCCUGAGUAUGCCAUGACUGGGCACCUGUUGGUGAAGAGUGAUGUUUACAGCUAUGGAGUGGUUCUUCUCGAGUUGUUGACAGGAAGAAAGCCAGUAGACAUGUCACAACCAUCAGGCCAAGAGAACCUUGUUACAUGGGUUUGUUUUAUUCCCAUAUCUUACUCGUUCUUUGUUCUUGUAGUUUCGAGUAUUCAUGCUAGGCCGAUACUACGAGAAAAGGACCGAUUGGAAGAACUAGCCGACCCAAGGCUGGAUGGGAAGUAUCCAAAGGAAGACUUUUUUCGGGUUUGCACGAUUGCAGCAGCUUGUGUGGCCCCAGAUGCCAACCAACGGCCAACUAUGGGAGAAGUUGUUCAGUCGCUCAAAAUGGUGCAACGCACCACAGAGUAUCAAGACCCCAAUGUACCUUCCAACUCUGCACCCAACAACCUUAGGCAGUCAUCCACGACCUUCGAGUCUGACAGAACAUCAUCAAUUUUUUCUUCCGGUCCAUACUCAGGUUUUAGUGCGUUAGAUAAUGAAAACAUUUCUAGGACGGUUGUAUUUUCGGAGGAUCUUCAUGAGGGAAGAUGAGUCUCGUUUUCCUUUUGUGGAAUGUUUCUUUUAAUUAAAAUAGCUUUAGAUUGUGCAGUCCUUUUGUAUCUUUGAGAUGGAAUCCUUGAAUCUAUCAAGGGUUAAGGAGGAAAGGGAAAAAGUAAAAGAAAUAGAGAAAAGACUGCGAGUAAGCAUGACCAAGAAUGUCUGCAUCUCUUAAUUGUGAGAGUAAUUGUGAUGUUGUUGUACAUCCCAUGUAGAAAAGGGGUUUGCGAAAGUUUCCAGUGUGGACUGUGGUGUUCGUUCUCUGCAUGAAGAGAUGUGCAUAACUCUGAUUAACUAUCUCUUAAUUUGGCUGGCAUUCUGGUUUGUUCAUCUGUUAGAUGCCAAACAUUUUACGAAAUAGUUUCUCUAUUAUGUUUAGCGCUUCAUCUUGUAUUACGGCAGGUUCAGUGCAUGCCUCGUACAAACUAAAACAAGCUUUUGUGUAUAUGGCAUGACACAAUUAACUAUAAGUUUGACGAAUUUAGAUCCAAAUUGGGGACAAAAUUCUCCAUUUUUGUGUUGUGCUAGUAAUCUUCAUGUUCAUAUGCAC